AUGGCUAACAUUGACGAUACUGAGGCCUGGUGGGCUGCUGCUGUCAGCACUUCUACCAUCACGAAAACUUCCAACAUCUCAGAAGUAUCUCCCGAUGUUCACAUUACCACCGAAUUGUCUGAAAACAUUGAGAACAAGUCAGAGACCAUCGAGAGCGGCGAAGCCUGCGACAAUGCAGCAAAUGUGGCUUCCACUGUCGCUUCCACUGUCGCUUCCACUGUCGCCAACACUGUCGACGUCCAGACCUUUGACCCAGAGGUCAAGUCCGCCGAAAAUGGAGUCGCUGACAUUGACAAUGCCAAUGGCUGGUGGGCUUCCAUGAUGAAUCGUUCUACCGCCUUGAAUAACACCACCACGGCCUCUGUUACGUCUCCAAAGAACGAUGUCAUCACCAACUCCACGAAGAUCAACGACAACACUUCUCAAAGCGGUACUUCCAUAGCCGCUUCUCCUGUAGAAAAGAGCACCGACGCUCCCAGUCAGAUGUGCCAUUCCACCGGCAUUGAUGUCGCUGACAUUUCCCCUGUUUCCAAGAAUGUCGGCAUUACCAAUGUUUACUCUACCAAACUCGAGAACAGCGCCGCUGAAACUGCCGCAGCCAUCAACGGGUCUCCUUCGGCUGAGGACACCAAUAAUAUUCACGCUGUUUCCGACGACAUGUAG